CUGUUUUUCGCGUAGUUAGGAGUAAAUACGUACAUAAGUAGUGCGUUCGGCUUAUCUCGUUACUCGUCUAUUAUCGGUGUAUAAUUAUAUAAUACUAGAAAACAGUGAGAGUGUUAUUGAGAACGCAAUGGAUGUUAUAAAAUCAGCUCUACUAUUGUUACUCGUUGUGACGACCUUAUGCAAUGGGGCGAAGAUUCUUGGCGUCUUUCCGCAUCCUUCGAAAAGCAGCUUCCUUUUGGGUAAAACCUUGAUGAAAGAGUUAGCGGUGCGAGGCCACGAGGUCACGAUGAUCUCGCCGUUUCCGUUAGAGAAACCAGUGAAGAACUACACUGACGUGACCAUGCGCAGGGUGAUGGAAUGGAAGUACGAGGUCAUGAAAGAGAUCGGUGAUCCGGAUUUGGGAAUUGUAAGGAAAUUGAUAGCGUUCUACGGAACACUACCUAAAGCCGUGGAGAUGAUUUACGAAGAGCCGGAGUUGAUAGAGUUGCUGAAAUCUGGAAAGAAAUUCGACGUGGCCAUCAACAUGAUGGGAUACACGGAGGCUGUGCUUGGAAUCGGUCAUCUUCUGAACGCCACGAACAUUGCUUUCAGUAUAAUGGGUGGAAUGCCCAUCUACAAUUACCAUUCGGGCAUUCCGUCGCCGUACGCGUACGUCCCGAACACGUUUUACAUUUACAAUGAUAAAAUGACUUUCCUGCAGCGCGUCAUGAACACCAUCUUCAGCCUAAGUUUCAAUCUGAUGAUCCACUUCAGCCAUUACCCAAAGCAACGAGAAACGCUUAAGAAAUACCAUCCUACUUUAGAGCUGGAUGAUUUGAUUCGAGACGUCGAUCUCUACUUACUGAAUUCGCAUUUCGCCACCGAAAGUCCACGACCUCAUCUAACUAAUACCAUACAAAUAGGAGGAUACCAUCUGCACGAGAAGGAGGAAUUACCGGUUGAAUUUCGACGAUUCAUGGAUGGUUCCAAGCACGGCGUCAUCCUCUUCAGCUUAGGCACUAACAUCCAGAGCGCCAAUUUAAAACCAGAAACUAUCCAGAGCUUCAUCGACGCCUUCUCCAAAUCCAAAUACACAUUCUUAAUGAAAUACGAAAAGGACCUUCCGAAUCUUCCGAAAAACAUCAUGAUCAGUAAAUGGUUACCGCAGAAAGCCAUCCUCGAACAUCGCAACUGUAAAGCCUUCAUCAUGCACGGUGGUUUGGGCGGCAUCGCCGAAGCCGUCUUCAGCGGCGUUCCAAUGGUUGCGAUUCCAUUCUUCAAUGAUCAACGAAAGAACGUUGCCGAAGGUCUGGAUUUUGGAUACAUGAUCCAAUUGGACUUUACGAAUAUGACGGAGGAAAUCGUGACGGAUGCCAUUGCCGAGAUCAUUGAGAACCCCAAGUACAAGAACGCAGCGAAAUUCCGAUCGGACAUCUACAGGAACCAGGAAAUCGAUCCGAUGGAUAAAGCCAUAUUCUGGAUUGAGCAUGUUAUCAAACAUCGAGGUGCUAAACACAUGAAACCGAUGGUCACGCAAUUAGCAUGGUACCAAUACCUGUUGAUGGACGUUUUCGGAUUUCUCUUUGUUAUUCUAAUGAUCUCUUUAACUCUAAUCUACGUCACUGUUAAAACAUUAAUCAAUCUCUGCAGAAAAUCCUCGAAUAAAUUAAAAUCUAUGUAA